AUAUCCUUUAAUUUUGAGAUUUUGAGAGGCUAAAGAUGACAAAGUAAAGACCAAGUGCAGGAAUAUGAUAUUGAGACAGAGGAUCAGCCAUGAUUGUGUUGAAUGGUGAAAUGGGCUCAGCAGAAUUCCAAGAAACUUUCAGGUUGACAAAAGUAAUGAAAAGAAUAUCCAGCUGAUGUUCAAAGGGUUCCAGUGGACAGUAUUAUUUUAAUGGAGUCUGAUGGGAGAGAUGUAGGCUCUCCAGAAUUAGAAGAACAGAUGUAUUCAGUACCAAAUAUUAAAAGACAUGUUUCGAUGAAGCGACUGAGAGAAGGCUCAACAGCAGCAUUGACAGAAUCAACAGCUCUUGAAGCUCCUGCUGCACAAAAUUCAGCACGUACAGAGGGGCAAACACUCAAUGAAUUCUUCAGUAUAUGUAAAAAUUGUGGGAGAAAAAGUGAAGAUCAUACAAAAUGUGAAAACUGUAGAAAGCCAAUACCCAAAGAUGCAAUAAGACGACCCAAGCAAGUUUCUGAUUCCGGCUAUGUUGGGACACCUCAGCCACGCCCAUCGAUUCAUGCAUGUACCCCAACACAAGCUGAGGGCAACAUGGGUGUUAGUACCAAGACGUUUUACAACAAACCUUCUCUCGAUAUAAUAUUGACUACAGGACCCACUACUAAACUAUAUUCUACCAGGAGCAACUUUUUACAAGCUAAUGGCGGCAUAGGGUUGAUGGAACGUACAGUUGUAUAUGGAGCUGGACGGAUGGACUCCAAGAAGCCUGCAAUGAAUGAUCCCAUUGUGCUGUCCAGUGAUGAAGAAGAGGAGGAAGAUGAUAAUGCCAGUACUGGAAGUAGCAGAAUGGACAGUGUUCGUUCUGGUACAGUUACUGACACUGCAAGUCUUUCUCCUGUGCCCUCCACUAGACCCUUAGAGCCUGUCUUAGAGGAACCUCCUGAUGGGAAAGCAGCAGAACAGAUUUCAGAAAACGUACUCGCAGAAGUGGAAUCUACAGCUACUUUGCCAAGAAAGGCAAAAAUGAAAGACAAGUUUGGAAAUUCUUAUCAUGACACAGUGGGCAAAAAAAGAAAAUUUGAAGUUACUCAGACACACACAGAUGCUCUUAGUUUGCAAGUGGAAAAUAGCUGUGAAAGUAUUAUCCUCAAGUGCCGAAGUAUACGAAUAGGAAGCUUUCGCACAACAGUAUUGGAACCCGUCAUUGUAA